AAUCUUUAUUCGAAAAGCUAGCAAUCUAUCUGGCUGAAGUGCAAGAAGCUGAUUUUGCUGCCACUAUCGCUGAGCCUCAUGAGACCUUUCAUGAGCUCUUAGAGGCAGCAACAGGAGUCCCUCAAGAUGAAGACCAAAAUCAAAUCCUUUGGAAGAAAUUCAUGGAUUUUUUGAAAGCACAGUCAGCAAAAGCCAGAAUAAAAAGUCCUACAGCAGCAGCACUAGCUUUCCAAAGCCUGCAUGAAAGAAUAACGAGUUCUAAAGUCAAACUCAGAUAUUUGAAAAGAAAUUUUAAUGGUAAUGCUCUUACUUCUGAUGUCGAGCAAGCCAGAGCUGAGGAUCUGCUACCUAAUGUGAUUCGAAAGCAUGAAGAGGCUGAAGUGCGUGAUGCAAAUACAGGCCGUCUCAUAUGUGCAGUUUAUCGAAAUCGCAUCAGCAAGGAGGCUCUGGACUUCAUGUUCGAGUCAGUUCUCUUAAUGUUCCAAGAACGCUCUAAAGUAAAAAGGGGAGAGGUUGAAAAGCUAAAACAAGGAAACAUGGUGGCUGCAGGGUAUCUGUGCACCCGACAUUGUGGAGUAUUUACACAUGUUCGAAAUGUAGCUAAAGCCUUGCUGAAUACCCAAGAAUUCGAAGAUAGAGAAGCCCAUAUAGUGGCUAGUGUAAGUUUGCUAUAUAAUUAUGUAAUGCAUUUAUUUCCCAAAGAGCUAGUAGAGGAUGUAGCUAAACUGCUCAAAGAACAUGACCUGCCCAGACUGGAUGGUGGCAAAUAUGGAGCAAAAGGAGCAGUUGGUUUCGAUAUGACUUAUAGAGGAACAGCAAUACAUUUGCCCUACCAACUGGCAAAAGGAAAUUCAUUUAAAACAGCUCAGAGAAAGGCUAUUAAUGAAGAGAAGGAUGAGGCAGCAGAUAAGGAGGGUGGAGAAGCUAUUGGGAAGGAUGUAAUCGGUGGUGAGGAGGAUGAGGCAGCAGAAGUGGAGGGUGAGACAGCAGAAGUGGAGGAUGAGUUCGAUAAAGAGGAGAGUGUGGAUAUAAGUAAGGAGG